CUCACAGUCGCUUCCUCGUCCACAGAGAAAAAACCCUAAAGAGAGAGAGAGAGAGAGAGAGAGUUUCUCCACAACCCGGCGCCGAAGAUGAAGUACAACCCAAGAGUUACCUCCUCUCGCAGGAAGAACCGCAAGGCUCAUUUCACAGCCUCAUCGAGCGAGAGGCGCGUCAUCAUGAGCUCACCUCUCUCCACCGACCUCCGCGCGAAGUACAACGUCAGAUCCAUGCCCAUCCGCAAGGACGACGAGGUUCAGAUCGUUCGCGGGACCUACAAGGGACGCGAGGGAAAGGUCGUCCAGGUGUACCGUCGCAAGUGGGUGAUUCACAUCGAGAGGAUCACGAGGGAGAAGGUGAACGGAACCACCGUGAACGUCGGCGUGCAGCCGUCGAAAGUGGUGAUCACGAAGCUUCGUCUUGAUAAGGACAGGAAGUCGUUGCUGGAGAGGAAGGCCAAGGGGCGUGCUGCUGCGGAUAAGGACAAGGGGACCAAGUUCACUGCUGAGGAUGUUAUGCAGAACGUUGAUUAAGCGAGAGAUUUGUCGUAAGGUUUUUUUAUCGUUGUUUCAAAUUUUGUGUUUCGGAUAUGAACUUCUGUCUUUUGAUUUCAGUUUCGGUAAUGAUUUCGACACUUUAGCUUUUAUCUACAGUUUAAUUGAUGCUUUUAAUAUUGAAUGUUUGCUUGCGCUGA